CAAUCAGCUGACGGAUAUAGUCAUCGCCUAUUGAAACAGCUGGCUUCGCUUUUAUUAUUUUUUCAAACAAAACAAUUUUCUAAAAGAUAUAAAUACAAUUCCUUUCGAAAAUGCGGCGUCGCGUGGGUUUGGGUGCCAUACAGCAACAAAAGUUAGCUGCUGAGAAAUACAAGGAUAAGGGUGCUGAUCUGCAGGAAUCACAAUUGGAACAAAUGACCAAACAAAUGGAAGUUUUUCGCAAUAAAUUGGAAGAGUUUGCCAUGAAACACAAGGAAGACAUACGUAAAAAUUCGCAAUUCCGUAAGCAGUUCCAGGAGAUGUGUGCGGCCAUUGGCGUGGAUCCCUUGGCUACUGGCAAAGGUUUUUGGAGUGUGCUCGGCAUGGGAGAUUUCUAUUAUGAGCUCAGUGUGCAGGUUGUUGAAGUCUGUUUGGCAGCCAAUCACAAAACUGGCGGUCUUAUGGAGCUGGAUGAACUCCGUCGGCGCUUAAUCGCUGCGCGCGGUCAAAGUGCUGUGCAUCAGGAGAUUACCAAGGAGGACAUACUGAUGGCCGCCAAGAAACUGAGUAUCUUUGGCAACGGGUUUGUUAUACAUAAGCUGGGGAAAGGCAAAUACAUGGUGCAAUCAAUCCCAGGCGAGCUUAGCAUGGAGGAAACUAACAUACUCAGCGCUGCAUCUAAUACAGAAUUAGGCAGCGUCACGCAAUCUCAGCUUAUGAAGGAUUUGGGCUGGACUGAUUAUCGUGCCAAGCAGGCCUUGGACAAGGUUUUGGGUGAGGGACUCUGCUGGAUUGAUAAGCAAUCAGAUGAGCCCAGUUACUGGUUCCCCAGUUUGUUUCCCGGUCGCAAUGCACAGCUUACUGCCACAUAG